AAUUUGGGCGGUUUUGAUUUUCGACCAUGUAAAAAAGAUCAAAAACAUCCCUGCAAACUGAAAUCGCAAAGCUGAAGAAAGAGAGUGAAGCAAGAAACGGCAACACCAGAAUCGCAAAUCGCAAAUCGCAAGCAGGAAGAGAAGUUGGAUCAGCUUAGUUAAAUAAUGAAAUUUUGUAGAACAGAUAUCUCUUCUAUUUUAAGAGAUGCAAAGCGCCAAGAUAAACAAAUCAAACUUAAGAGGAGGUGGUUAUUAGGUUUACCUAUCACAACAAAGGAGGGGAAGAAGUUGAAAGAAAUUUGCAAAACCGGUUGGUAUUCACCCGAAUCAUUACUCAGACAAGAUGAUCUAUUUUAUGAGUCAGUGAGAACUCGUGUUGAACGCGCCUUUGGAGCACACUAUAUUGAAAGUGAGAAUUGUAUCCCUCAGGAUGAUAUGGAUUUGAACCAAAUACCGAACUUUAAAAGGUUCAUAUUAUCAUGCCUUGAUAAUUUGACUACCAAGGGUCUAUACCUUCUUGCUAUGAUAGUUGGCGGUGACACAGUCAAGUAUGAAAGAACUCGAAGUAAUUUGAAAAAGAUUAUCAAGAGUUCUCUUUCAAGUGUUCUGAGCAGCAAAAGAAACAAAGACCAACAACUGGAAACUCGUAAACAGCUUUUUCAACUUCUCAAUAAUCCUCAGAAUUAUCGACAAAGGUGUGAGCUUUUACCUGGAUCUGAGUCCCAAUUUUAUCAUGCUGCUGUAGUGAAGGUGUUGUGUGGACUGGAAAAGUUACCGUCCCAAACCUUGCUUGCAAUGCGUAGAAAACUUAAAGGAAUUAAAGCACCGAUGCCUCAGUUGCAACCUUUCAAAAACGGAUGGGGACGAAACCAUCUAAUCAGACAAGUGAAUAAGAUCAGUAGAAAGAUGCUUUUAGAACUUGAUGGAGGAAAUAAGCUACAAGAGCCAUUAGCCAAUGCCAUGUCAGUAGCAGACUUCUCACUAAAACUGAUAAUUGGUUUUGGUAGCACGUUUUUAGAAGAAUGUUACCAAUUCUCGCCUGAAGUGAAGUCCCUGCAGAGUGAUAUUAUGCAAGCUAUAUUGUCUGUUGAGAAAAAGGAAGUAGUGCCAUUGCCAGUGCUAAGAGAGUUACAGCUUCUCAUAGAACCAAAGGCUACAGUAGUAAACAAGAGCUUACGGAAAGCUUUUGUAAAUCUUUUGACUGAAUUUCUCUUUGAGUGCAGUGAUAUGAAUAGUACUCCAAAGUCUCUAUUGCAGAUUCUAGAUGUUAUCAACAAGUGUUCCAAUAAAAGCACGCAUGAUGUAACACUCCAGAAGGAGCAUAUUGAAGAAGAAGUUGACAGCAUACUAAGUGUGAGUGCUCAGACAAAUCAAAUUAUUCAAGACUUGUUGCCGGACUAUGAAUUUGACCAGGGCUUUACAGAUGCUUAUAUGGAGGAGCAAUCAGAAGACAGUGACAAUGAAAGUGAUAAGGAUGAGGAUGAUAGUCAAUGUUCUGAGAAUAGUUUGCACUGCUCAGUUACACCCAGUGAAUGCUUGAAUAGUGAUUCUGAUAAGAACUGUGAUACAAUAAAUUUGGAAUCGAAAAUGCGCAACACUCCAUAUAAUAACCAAUGCCAAGAAGAAAUCACAGAGCAGUUUAGUACACCUAUGUCUAGGAAAAACUGUGAUUCUUCAGCUGUUUCACUUGACAAAGAACCAGAUGAAAAUAUUGUCAAGAGGCAUGAAUUUCACGAAUCUUACACUGAAGCUGCUCCAAGAGAUAAAUCCAACUUUUGUGAGGAGAAAAAACCCAUACCCACCAAGUACAGCGGACACAAGAACCAAUACCUUGCUGCCCAAGAUGCUUGUGAUAAGACAUCUAUGCUUGCAUAUAAUCUCAUAGGUCGUAUGUUGGAAGAGUUUGCCAUAGCUGAAGACCUAAACUUAGACUUGAGUAAGAGGUCAUACCUCAACUGUGAUAAGCAAAGUGAAGACAUAAAAGAAACAGAAGAACAGUCAUCAUCUAGGAAACGUAAAGGAGGUCCGCCUAUUGUUCGAGUAAUUGAGGAGCUUAUUCCUUCCUUUCCAGAUAGUAGCAUGGAAAGACUGAAAAUAUUGAUGGACUUGUGAUAAUGGAACUCAGGCUUUCAGGUUCAACCAGUGAAGAGCAUUUUGAAAUGGUUUUGCAUUUUUGGAUAUGGUUCACCAAAUUACUGAGUUUUGACACUAGUUUUACAAGUGUAUAGUUUUUCAACUCUUCAAUUAAAUACCAAAAUUUCAUACUCCAUAGAACAAUUCUCUUAUGUUUUAUAGUGGACAAAGCUUCAAUUAAUUUCAGGAUCGUCCGUCUUUUUUAGUGUCAAUGA